AACCUAUCUAAUUUAGAGAUUAGAGAAAAACUUUGUCUAAUUUCUGAUCUAAAUGCGAUGUUACCAGAGAUAAGUAAAUCCAUUUACUUAUCUCUGGAUGUUACCUUAAAGUUUAGCUCGAAUGCUGUUUUCGAGAUAUGUUUAUCUCGUCAUUGUUAACUAUGGUUUGAAUUUUCUUAAGGUAAACAAACGAAUAUAAACAAUGCCGACAUGUGCACGGUGAUGUGUACUUGGGAUGGCAAUAUGAUGGUUCGAUAUUUUGCGUGCCAUUAAUACGUUUUUUUACUCAAUUGCCUGUAUUAUAUUGGGCACUAUUUGUACAGAAUUUGGUACAUAUUUGUAAGUGUUGUGUGGUAUUAAAUCAAAUUGUAGUACAAUAUUUGACUUGAUUUUCGUAAUAAUGGGUAAACGUUAUUACUGUGAUUAUUGUGAUCGCUCGUUCGUUGAUGGUCUUGAUGCAAGAAAGAAACAUUUAAAGGGAUAUAUGCAUGCAAGAUUGAGGAAGGAGUACUACGAAUCUAUUAGAGAUGCACGUACCAUACUAUCAGAGGAGUCUCUGAAGACUAGAUGCAGAAGAUUCCGAAACUCUGGCGAAUGUCCGUUUGGAAACAACUGCAAGUAUACUCACUUCUCACCUGAGGACUUGCAAGCCUUGGAGCAACAAGUGCUGGAAGAAGAGCGUGCGAAGCGGGAGGAGAGAGCGAGGCGGCUGGAGAGCAACGUGCCCACGGUGGUGUCGUGGCUCAAGAACCGCAGCAAGGCCGCAGUGCGCGGGGAGGACGGAGCGGGCGACGCGGGCACGGUGGCGUGGGACCUGCCCGCGGAGCUGCGGGACAGGACCGACCUGCCCCCGUCGCUGCAGCCCCUCCUGCUGCACCACUUCUCCGACGUGGCCUUCGGCUCCUGGGGCUAGCUCCCGCCCGCGGGGCUGCGGGACAGGACCGACCUGCCCCCGUCACUGCAGCCCCUCCUGCUCUGCCACUUCUCCGACGUGGCCUUCGGCUCCUGGGGCUAGCUCCCGCCCGCGGGAGCUAGCUUUGCCGACUGCAACGCUUUCCGCUAGCGAAACCUCUGCUUAUGAUGUGGCAACUUGGAUAAAAUAAUUAUGUAACUGGUGUGUCGGAGAUAAUCAAUAACUUUUUUUGGUUUUGAUUUUAAUGUUUCAAAAUUUCACACUCAAGAAUAUUUGGCUACAUGUUAUUGUCUGGAUUUUCUUCAAGAGCUUAUAAUUAUUUGUAAGUGCUAUGGAAUUAGAGGUAAUCAUUGUUUUCUUGUAUGGUAUUGCUGAAUUUAAUUUGUUUUUUUUUUUUUUUCAGUUUUUUUUUUACUUUUUUUUUAACCUAAUUCAUUAAUUUUUUUUAUUCAGUAAUUCAUUGUGUCGAACCUCCUAUGAUUAUGAUAGGUACUUAUAAUCCUACGGAACAAGUAAUUUGUACAUGAACCAGUGUAAUAUUUACAGUUUACAUAUCCAAAAGCAUACUAAAAUCAAAGUGAGACAUUGAGAAACUAAACUAAUAUACAUUUACUUUUAAAAAAAAUUAUAUAUAUUUCCAUUUAUUUUGUAUAAAUUAUAAUAUAUAUAUGUUAAAAUUGUAUUCAUAUUUAACAUUAACAGAAUACAUAUAUUAUGGACUGUGUCAAUUAAGCAGAACUUAAGCUAUUGAUAUUGCUCCAGUAUAUGGAGGAAACCUUAUAUCAUCCUUUAAGCCUUCUCCAUGUUCCAAUACCUACAUUAACAACUAAUUAUCCACAUUCAGUGGUAGUUUCCCUCUUUUCUGCAGCAUAUUUCAUGAACUCUUAUAAACUGUAGAAUUAUGAUAUAAAAGUAUAUUUUUAGUUGUAUAUUUAUACUUGCCAAUGUUGUCUAUUUCCAUUAUUUUAUACAGUAAAGUAUUAAAAAGUAUUCGACCAAUAUGUUGGAGCCCUGUUUGAAACUGAGUAGUGGUGUGUUGAGGUGGUCUUAGUUUACAAUGGUUGAUAUCUUUAUUUUGAAUUUAUUUUGAUGUCCUGUUGAUGUAUUUUUUUUUUAAAUGAAAAAUUCCUAAAUUUUUAAAUUUUGGUCUGUGGCUGGAUAAUUUUGUGAUUUUAGUAUGGUGGUGUUCGCAUUAUAAUUUCCCAAAAUUUCAAUUUGGUAUGGCAUAGUGGAGUAGAAGUAUGCUUGAUGUACAGUUUUAUUUUGGUUUUAAAAUUAACUUAUUACACAAGAUACCUCAAGACAUAGCAGACUGAACUUAUUUUUUUUUGAAACAAAAGUAACGUGCUCUGUAAAUUUUAAUCAAUAUAGAUCUAAAAAAUAUUAUUGAUGAGACUUGUGUAACAUUUCCAUCAAUUUGAAUUUUAACCUGUGUAUUUUCUACUUUUAUUAAUAUUUCUAAACAUAAAUAUUUAGUUUUGGGUAGUUGAAGACAAUUUUGUUAAGUGGAAACCAAUUUUUGUUCUGGUCAGUGGCUAUAUUAGUUUUCUCCUGAAUGAUUUCUGUACUUUCCCGAUUUGAAAUAAAUGAUGUUUGUCAUUUGCAAAUAAACUAAUCUUAUCUUGAUAAAUUUUUAUAAGUAAGUCUGUUAUACAAAUUAAGAACAGUUAUGAGCCUAGAUUAUCUACCCUGUGGUAUUUAUGUCACAAAGUUAAAAAUCGUUAGUGUGUGUGAAGAUGUAUUAAAUUGAUUUGGUUUAAAAAAACCUGUUGUUUGAUCUUGCUUCUCUUAUUAGUUCAAAAUUUUACAUUUUAUAACGUUGGUACAUUUUUCUAACACAUAAAAAUGUUCAGAUACCUUUUUUAUUUUUAUGAGUAAAUCUGGCUAGACAUGCUUAGCAUAUUUUUUUAUAUUUUAAUAGUUUACAAUUAUACAAUACAUUUUUAGGUUUUUUAAUUGUAUACUUUUAUAUGAACUACUCUGAAAAAUAAAACCAACAAAAAAAUCCGAAGUGCAUAUUCCAUUGAAUUGAUGAUGCAAAUGUAAACCUGCCCACGUAGUAGGUAUUUAGAAAAAUUUUGAUAUUUUUGAUACUAAUGUUUGAAAAUUAAAGGAACGUGAUGACCUGCAUAAAAGUGCUUUUAAUCAUCUCUCAUUAUUGUGUGUAUAUGCAGUAACUUGGGGACAUGGUCAAAUGCUUAUUGGACUUAAUUGAGUUAUUUCUGAUAUCAGUAUCUGAAAAUCUUGGCUCCCAAUGAACCUCCACUUAAAAAUAAUAAUCACAUGCUGUGGAUUAACUUACAAUUUGAGAUCUUAUGCCUUGUGUUUAUUUAAACUCGCUAAUGAGGCCAGCAGCGUAUCAAAUACUUUGACGUGUAUUGCUAUUCAUAAUAAGUUUCCCACACACUG